AAUGGGAGCAUCUGACAACAGCAAGGUCGCUCUUUCCGUGCUUGCUAGCCGCAGUCCGGUCUCGAUUGUCGCCGUGGUUGCACUCUUUGUUCGUUGACAACACAUGACGCACAAUGUCUUUGUUUGCAGCAAAACAUGCGAUCAGUGACCACGUCAACGUCUUGCAGCUUCUCUACCAACUCGGCAUCAGUACAUACCCAAGGAAGGCAGUCUUACACGGUCGCAGCACAGAAGUCGUUCCCACUUGGAAGGUCACGAAACAUGAUCCCGGAGCUGGCAGUUGAUGUGACGGACGCCCUGGCUCUUGCUCAGCAUCUGCGAGAGUUAGAUCUGAAUACGCCGCAGACUGUUCGCCACGAUGCCCUUCCCCACUUCCUCACACAGCCGCUCCACUCUCCUCCGUCUCGAAAUCCCGGCAUGCGAUCUGAACCCGGACCCAACAUGGUUCCCUUAUUUGGAGGCUCCACUGCUCGCGCCUUUCGUGCACGCCCCACCACUAGUCAAGCAAUUGGCCGGCAUACGCGUUACACCAUUCUGGGCCUCCUUGCCCGUCAUACCAGGCACAAUGCCUCCAGACCGUACCCAUGAGCCCCACACUGCACUUCUGGCAGCGGUGGAUGUCCUCUCGGCUGCUACCGGAGAAUCGUCGCUGAAGGUAUUUGGCUAUCUCAAAGCUGAUGGAGCGACCGACUAUACCUACCGUUGCAGGCUCACAACCAAAUUCCACACGAUGUCGACAGCAAGUACAACCGAUUAUGAAAUGACCGGAGCUCAGUUCGACCGUCUAAGAAGCAUGAAAGAUCAAAGCCAAUGGCUGUCCGCCCUCGACAGUCUCGUGAGCCGCAUGAACUAUCGAGCAAUCUAUCACGUCCGUGAGAGGCUGCAGCAUUACUAUGGAGCCGCGGUAGCUCUCAACGAAGAACAUCUGUGGCGCGAAGCCACCUGGGGUUCACAGGCAAAAGAGCUUGUUGACGACCCCAAGCUCCAGAAAGCUGUCCGAAAUGCAAAAGAUUACGUUCAAGAGCAGCCCUACUGGCUUUCCUUAGACAGAGAAGAUACGAUCACCGACAAGGUGAACUACUUCCAUACCGCAACGCUCUACCACGCGCUCGCACAUGCACACAACUCCUUGGCGCCUCCGCCUCUCAUUGAACAGAUCAGCAUCUGUCCUGCCCCGGUCCAAUCUUACUAAACUGGUUCUUGAGCGUUUCAGAGUUGCGUGUAGGUUGCUCAACUGUAUGCUCCCACUCAGUGCUCAUGGACUUCGCGUUAGCUUCAUAAAAAUCGCCACGGACAUUCAUAUCGAUGCGGAAGGUCGGACGGUGGCGAAUGUGCCGUGGCCACCCGGCUGGACAGAUUUCAUAACAACGUGGAUGACGAGGACGGCGAAAUUUAUGUUUACUCGCUGUUGCCAGUACAACGGCGAUGAGCACCUUGGCAUACACUACCACGGCGAGUACUGCGUUUACAAUUCAAGCAGUUGGAAGCGUGAAGAGGACGACUCCGAAGACGACGAGCUUGCAGAGCUUCGCGCGGCUUACCUCGACCUGACGUAGGAUCAUGGUAGGCCGAGAGC